CGGGUCCCGGUGCCGGUGCCCAGCGCCCGCUCCCCGGUGCAGGAUGAUCACGGACGUGCAGCUCGCCAUCUUCGCCAACAUGCUGGGCGUGUCGCUGUUCCUGCUGGUCGUGCUGUACCACUACGUGGCCGUCAACAACCCCAAGCGCCACGACUGAGCCCGGACCACACAGAGCAGAGCUGAGCGGG